AUGCGAACUUGGGAGAACCCGGUUACGCUUGCGUGUAACACGGCCUUCAAGAAAACUCUACGUUCUUGCAUUCUCCUCAUCAUCUUUAUCGCCGUGUUAUGUCCGGUCGUAAUGUCUCAGAUGGUUGUGCCAGAUUCAGAUGCAGAUUGUCUCCUGAGAUUCAAAGAUACAUUAGCAAAUGGUUCGGGGUUUAAUAGCUGGGAUCCAUUAACAUCACCAUGUCAAGGAAAUGACGCGAAUUGGUACGGUGUUCUAUGUACCAAUUUCGUUUAUGGGUUACAACUUGAAGGAAUGAGUUUAACCGGGACGUUAGACCUAGAACCACUGGUUCCUAUGAAGAAUCUACGAACCAUAAGCUUCAUGAACAAUGAGUUCGAUGGCCCAAUGCCUCAUGUUAAUAGGCUUACUUCUAUGAGAUCUUUGUAUUUGUCUAAUAACCGGUUUUCGGGGGAGAUACCAGCAGAUGGAUUUCAAGAUAUGCCCCAUUUGAAGAAGAUUUUCUUGGCGAAUAACGCGUUUCGUGGGACAAUCCCUGAUUCUUUAACUUCUUUGCCAAGGCUUAUAGAGGUGAGGCUAAAUGGUAAUCAGUUUCAAGGGCAUAUACCAUAUUUUAAACAAGAGGAUCUUAAGUUAGCUAGCUUUGAAAACAAUGAUCUAGAUGGACCCAUCCCUGAAAGCCUUCAAAACAUGGACCCUGGCUCUUUUGCAGGUAACAAAGAUUUGUGUGGUCCUCCCUUAAGUCCAUGUUCUAUUUCCCCUCCGGGUAUUCCUGUUGAUCCAAGAUCUCAUCCUAGUCCUCCCCAGGAGAAGAAGACUGGAUCUUUUAACACUAUAGCAAUAGUUUUGAUCUCUAUUGGAAUAAUACUAGUGAUCAUCACGCUUGUGAUCUGUUUCAUCCAAUCAAGAAGACGAAACUGCUUGUCAGAUUAUCCUUCAGCUGGUAAAGAAAGGGUAGAGAGCUACACUUAUCAUGAACCCGAGAUUAAUAAGAUCAAUAAACCAGCGGAAUCUGUUGUGAAUCACGCAAGGAGAGGAUCCAUGCCUGAUCCAGCAGGCAGGCUUCUGUUUGUGAGGGACGACAUUAAAAGAUUUGGUCUUCAAGAUCUUCUUAGAGCUUCAGCUGAAGUUCUUGGCAGCGGAACGUUUGGUGCUUCAUACAAAGCAGCGAUAUCUAGCGGACAAACAUUUGUCGUGAAGAGGUAUAAAAAUAUGAACAAUGUUGGAAGAGAUGAGUUUCAUGAGCAUAUGAGAAGGUUAGGGAGAUUAAACCAUCCGAAUCUAUUGCCUCUUGUCGCUUACUAUUACCGGCGAGAAGAAAAACUCUUAGUCACUCAGUUUAUGCCUAAUAGUAGCUUGGCGAGCCAUCUUCAUGCAAAUCAUUCCGCGGAGCAACCUGGAUUGGACUGGUUAACACGUUUAAAGAUCAUAAAAGGAAUAGCAAAUGCUUUAUCUUACUUGUUCAAGGAGCUACCAACUUUAACUAUCCCUCAUGGUCAUAUAAAGUCGUCGAAUGUAGUUUUAGACGAAUCACUUGAGCCAUUGUUAACAGAUUACGCUCUAAGACCGGUGAUGAGCUCAGACCAUGCACAUAACUUCAUGACUGCAUACAAAUCACCAGAGUGUAGACCAGAGAAAGGACAAGCCUUGACAAAAAAGACAGAUGUUUGGUGUCUCGGCGUGUUGAUAUUGGAGCUUUUGACAGGGAGAUUCCCUGAGAAUUAUUUGACGCAAGGUUAUGACCCGAACAUGAGUCUUGUGACAUGGGUUAAUGACAUGGUUAAGGAGAAAAAAACAGGUGACGUGUUUGACAAGGAAAUGAAAGGGAAGAAGAAUUGUAAAGCGGAAAUGAUUAGUUUGUUGAAAAUAGGGCUGAGAUGCUGUGAAGAAGAAGAAGAGAGAAGGAUGGAGAUGAGAGAAGCUGUGGAAAUGAUUGAGAUGUUGAGAGAAGGUGAACCUCGUGAUGAGUUUGGUUCUAUAGAUCAUCCAGGGAGUGAUAGUUUACAUUCUUCGAUAAUGUUGGAUGGUGAUGAAUUUUGUUUUUAG